AUCUAGGCCAUAGAGACCAGGACGCUGAGGUAAAAAAGAAAGAAAAAGAAAACCCAUAAUCAACAAGAUGUACGCAUCAGAACCCAAUACCAAUACCAAGAGCAGCAAAACUAUAACCUUGAACCUUCUUGUAGACAACAGCUCUAACAAGGUGGUGUAUGCAGAAGCCAGGAAGGAAUUUGUGGACUUCCUCUUUGGACUUCUACAGAUACCUCUUGGUUCCAUAAUGGGACUUCUUUGGAAUCAUGGCAUGGCUUCAGGGUCAGGGUCUUUGAGUAAAGUCUAUGAGAGUAUCCAAAACCUUGACCCUUGCUAUGUUCAACCAAACCUAACCAAGGAUUCUCUCUUGAGGCCUAACCCAGCCUUCUCAUCAGCCACUUAUACCCCUCAGUUGUUGCUGAACUUUGUACCACCAAACCAAAUGACCAGCACUGAAGCACAAAAAACAUCUAAUUGUGCAUUUGUUUCAACCUCUUCCUACUUUACCUCUCCACCUCCAUUCUGUCCUGCUUUCUCAAUAUCACAAGAUACGGUUGGGCGAAGCCCGUUUUCAUUUGGUUACUCUCAGGAAAAAGUGGUGGCUCAACACAAGGAGACAGGGUAUGUUAGAGGUGCGGUGGUAUAUAUGGUGAUGGAUGAUCUAAUGGUGAAACCCAUGUCAACCGUUUCUAGCAUUUCGCUUCUAAACGAUUUAAACAUCAAAGAUAUUAGUUCCCUCCAGGAGAAGGAGGUUGAGGUUGACAUGAAGAAGGGCUUGGAGCUGGUAAGGGCUUCAUUUGACUCUACCACAGUUCUUACAGAUGUUUUCCUUGGGAAUAAGACAUAUGGGAUCCAUUUGAUGGAUUCUUCACCUCCAGCAUUAAUGUCCACAUCCCUGCCUCAGCAGGAGACACCUCUGCUUUUGCCACCUUUCAAAAAGACUAGGGUAGCUAGAGGAAAAAGUAGGAGGAAAUGAAGUUGAGGUGGAAGAAGGCAGAAUUCUCCAAGAAGUGGAGAGAUAGCAAAGAACAUCAUGGGCAGAAUAACAAGGGGAAAUACUUCGAAAUGAGCAGUGGGAAUUUCCUUCGUAGGUUCAGGUUGCCAUGAAAAUGCAUGGAUAAAGUUAAGGCUAGAAUGGAAAAUGGAGCAAUCACUGUAAUUCUGUGACUGUUCCUAAGGAGGAGGAUAAGAAGAAGCCUAAGGUCAAGGCCUUUGAGAUCUUUGGCUAAGCAGGAUGUCCUCCAACCUUGGAAAUAGUGUUUGAACUUUGAAGUUAAUCUAUGAGGAAGAAGCUUAGUUUGUAUGUGCGUCAA